GUGGAGUCGGUGUGCUGGAGCGCGAGCGCGCGGCAACGCAAUGAGCCAUGAAUCAUCUCACAGCGUCCAGAGGGUCUGAUAGGAGAAAGCUUAAUGCAGGUCAGCUGUACGUCAUGUCCUGACAUGAGAUGAACCUACAUAGCUACACAUACAGACUGUGGAGGAAUUUCCAAACAGAAGCCUGUUCAAGAAUGAGGAAUAAAUAUGUUAUUUUCAUCAUCUGCAUUGUGGCCCUUGUCAUCAUUGAAAAGGAAAACAAUAUUAUCUCAAGGGUCUCAGACAAGCUCACGCACAGACAGACACAACAAACCCCAGACCCUCUUUCGUUCUUCAAUGACUCCAGUUUGUAUGACAGUGAGAUAAGUAUAAAUUCCACACAGCUUUUAGAUGCAGACCAGACUGGCCAAAAGCACAUUCUCUUAUUGGCCACCACUCGCACUGGAUCCUCCUUUGUAGGUGAGUUUUUUAACCAGCUUGGCACCAACAUGUUCUACCUGUUUGAACCACUGUGGCAUGUAGAGCGGACACUUUCUCAGGACACAGGGAUCCCCAAUUCCAACAUCUCGUCUAUUGCAUAUCGAGACGUGCUGCUAGGACUAUUCUUGUGUGACUUCUCGCUGCUGGAGAGCUUCAUUAGCCCGCCUCCUCUAGAGCAUGUCACUCCAGCUCUGUUCCGCCGUGAGUCCAGCAUGGCGCUGUGUGAAGAGCAGGUGUGCACUCCGAUGCAGAAGAAAGUUUUUGAAAGAUAUCGCUGUAGAACGCGCCGCUGUGGCCCUCUCAAUUUCACAUUGGCCUCUCAGUCCUGUCUGAGGAAGAAGCACAGGGCCAUCAAGACGGUUAGGGUUCGGCAGCUGGACUCACUCCGUUUGCUAGUGGAAGAUCCUAGAUUGGAUAUUAAGGUCAUACAGCUGGUGAGGGACCCCCGUGCUGUCCUGGCCUCAAGAAUGGUAGCCUUCUCUAGCAAAUACCAGACUUGGAAAAGUUGGGCAGCAAAUGGAGAGGUACCCAUUGAUGAUGAAGAAGUGAAACGGCUCCAAGGAAAUUGCAAUCAAAUCCGUGAGUCUGCCGAGCUGGGCUUGAGCCAACCGGAUUGGCUGGAAAAUCGCUACAUGCUUGUGCGCUAUGAGGACAUUGCCAGAUACCCCAUGCAGAAAGCGGCUGAGAUGUACGGGUUUACUGGGGUUCCAUUCACAUCACACGUGAGGGAAUGGAUCAUUAAGAACACACAUGCUUCAGAGGUUGCCAGUGGAGUGUAUUCUACACAGAAGAACUCUUCAGAGCAGGUAGAAAAGUGGCGCUUCAGUAUACCCUUCAAAUUAGCCCAAGUUGUGCAAGAGGUUUGUGGGCCGACUAUGGAGCUAUUUGGAUAUCGAUUUGUUGACAGUGAGGAGACAUUGGUUAAUAAAUCUAUCAGCUUGCUUGAAGAAAAACAGUUUAAUUUUUCAUAUGUUACAGAUUUUAACUUUCAGUUUUAG